AUGUUUAAACAAUUCUUCAGUGUCGUGACUGCACCGCGUACCAAACUGGUAUUAGUAGUGCGUGGCGAUUUAAAAAUGUCUAAAGGAAAAACUGCGGCACAAUGUGCACACGCCGCUGUACUUUGCUACCAACAAUCCCAAAAGGAUAACGAGAAGAAGAAAAUAGCAGAAAAUUGGUCAAUUAUGGGACAACCAAAAAUCGUAUUGCGUGCGAAUAAAUUAGAAGAAAUUACAAAUCUACAAAAUCGUGCGAAAAACGCAGGUGUAGUUGCAGAAUUAGUAAGAGAUGCAGGACGCACGCAAUUGGAAGCUGGUACGGCAACGGUUUUGGGUAUUGGACCGGACAUUGAAAAAAAUGUAGAUGAAUUGGUAUCCAAUUUUAAACUACUCUAGUUUAACAACUUAAAACAUAAAAAUAAUUUCUUACCGAAAAAAAUAAAUAUUUUAUUAUUAUUAAUAUAUUCAAAGUUGUAAACAAU